CCCACUGCACCUCUGCUCAUCUCUCUGCUGGACAGCAAGAGCCGCUGCUUCACACACACACACACACACACUGCCAACAUGCUGGGGACACUCUGCACUCUCCUCACUGCUCUGACAUGUGGCAGUGCUGUGACUGUAGUCACACAGACGCCUGCUGUUGUCACGGUGAGGAAAGGAGAGUCGGCCACUCUGCACUGCAAUCUGGGGACUGUGACUAACUACCCUGUUUAUUGGUAUAAACAGGUUCCAGGAGAGACUACUCAGUACAUGCUGAGGUUUCAUAAAAGUUACAUCUCUGUCCAAUAUGGCUCUGGUUUCUCAUCUCCUAAAUUUGAUUCAAAAUGUUCUUCUAAGACUGAUUGUAGUUUGAUCAUUAAUACUGUAGAGGUGGGAGACUCUGCUGUGUAUUAUUGUGCUGUAGAGGAUGGCACUGCUAACGAGUGGGUAUUCGGACCAGGCACCAAGCUAUUUGUCACUGACCCUACACCGCCAACUCCAUCUCUGACUGUCUUCCCCCCAUCUCGUGAUGAGCUGCAGGGGGACAGUGUGAGGGUGGUGUGUGUGGCUGAGGACGUGUCCUCUGGCCUGGCUGAUGUCAGCUGGCUACUCGGUGGGAACCCUCUCAGCAGUGGCAUCAGCACCAGCUCUACUCAGCAGCAGCCCAACGGCAGGUUCCGACUCAGCAGCAUCCUGACCAUCCAGACAGCUGUUUGGUCCAGUGGCAAAGACGUGACCUGUCAGGUGACCAGUUCUGGCCCCACAGCCUCCAAGACCAUCAGCCAGUCAGACUGCUCUGACUGAUGCAACAGGGACGCCUAACUCUGCAUGUGCUGUCCCUAUUAGCGAGCUUUUCUAGAGUGUGCCUCAUAGUAUGAUUUUUUUUUCUUUAGUUAUUUAAGACUAUCUUAAAUAAUUAAUUUUAAAAUAUCCUUUGAUACCUUUCUUU